AGGAAAAGAACAAGUACAUAUCUCUUCUCCUUUAUUCUUGUUGGUGUUUUAGAAGUUUUGUACAAAUGCCUUUAGGUUGGAGGAGGAGAAGUAAAGCCAGCCAUGACGGCAAAAAGCAUCCGGGAAAUUCGGACAUGGAGCUCGUGAUCCCGAAUCAUUUCCAAUGCCCGAUAUCCCUUGACUUGAUGAAAGAUCCCGUCACGUUGUCUUCUGGGAUUACAUAUGAUCGCGAAAGCAUCGAAACCUGGCUUGAAGCGGGGAACUUUACGUGCCCGGUCACGAAGCAGAUGCUGAAGAGUUUUGAUCGGAUUCCUAACCAUGCGCUUACGAAAAUGAUCCAAGAUUGGUGCGUGGAGAAGGAAAAAUAUGGAGUUCAACGCAUCCCUACACCGAGAAUUCCAGUAGCGCCGGUUGAGGUCUCGGAGAUUCUUUUCGGAGUUACAGAGUCAGCACGACGGUUGGAUCAAUACAGGUGCUUAGAAUUGGUGCAGAAAAUUCAGAAAUGGGGUGCAGAGAGUGAACGUAACAGGCGAUGCAUCGUUGCAAAUGGAGCGGCUGCUGUACUGGCUGCUGCAUUUGAUACAUUUGCAAAUGAAUCCAUUGAGAGAAAUGCAACGGUUUUGGAAGACAUAUUGUCUGCACUGAAUUGGAUGUUUCCAGUUGAUACGGAAGCCCAGAAAUCCUUGGGAUCUCGAGCUUCUUUAGGUUGCAUGGUCUGGUUUUUGAGCUGCAGAGAUCUUUCGCCAAAGGAAAACUCCCUAUCAGUAUUGAAAGAGCUUCUUGCUUGUGAUCAACAGCUUGUGGAAAAGGUAUCAAGCAUUGAGGGAGUGAAUGAAAUACUAAUUGAACUCGUUAGGAAGCAAAUCUGUCCAACCAUUACAAAAGCUUCAAUCAUGGUAAUUUUCUAUUUGGUUUCUUCUUCUUUCUCUUCCAGUGAGAAGAUCAAGUUAACAUUUGUUAAGAUGGGUCUGGUUUCUUUAAUGCUGGAGAUUCUUGUCGAUUCGGAGAAAAGCAUAGGCGAAAGGGCUUUGGGUGUUUUUGACGGACUUUGUUGCUGCAAAGAAGGGAGAGAAGAGGCUCAAAGUAAUGCCUUGACAAUACCAGUCUUGGUGAAGAAAAUCUUGAGGUUAUCAGAUUUGGCCACUGAGUAUUCCAUUUCUGCUAUUUUGAAGCUCUGCAAAUAUGGAAGCAGGCAUGAAGCUGAAAGAGUACUUUUGGUGGAGGCUCUUCAAGUUGGUGCCUUUCAGAAGCUUUUGUUAGUGAUUCAGGUUGGUUGUGGUGAUGAGACAAAGGAGAAAGCAACUGAGCUUAUGAAACUGUUGAAUCCUUACAGGGUUGCUGGGUUUGAAUGCAUUGAGACUACGGAUUUCAAAAAUCUCAAAAGGUCAUUUUGAG